CAUUGUAAAUUGAGAUUAAAUUGUUCAAUAAAUAGUUAAUAAUAACAUGGAGUCAUUUGAUUCAAUUGGAAAUAAAAGUUUCUUAACUUUAUUUCGUGAUGAAGGUUAUCCAACAAGUUACUCAAAUAGAUUAACUUUUCCAAACAUCGACUAUUUUUUAACUAAGAUUUUGAUUGUAUAUUUUUGUCUUUGGUUAAUUUUUCUAAUCAUUUCACCAGGUUAUCCAGGAAGAGAGAGAUGGUUUUUCAUAUGCCGAAUUACCGUUUUUCUUACCGUUCCAUUAAUAAUUAUCGUAUGUUAUCAUUCACCUUAUUGGGAAUCUGAUUCAAUCAAUACCCUGGUUAGGUUGAGGUUUUCAUCACCAAUGAAAAUCGUUGCCGAACGUUGCCGUUGUUGGUCUACAUAUUGGCCUUUUCGGAUUCAAUAUAACCAUGAAAGACUUGGAUGUAUCCAAAUCAACAGAUAAAAUCCCUCCGGACAUGAUUAAUUUUGAUUAUAAUGAACAAUUUCAAUGGAAUUGGGUUUCAUCAUCAGCUGAUAAACCAAAACUUUCAGAAGAGACUGGUCAUCUCAAGUAUCAAUAUCGAUUAUCAGCUUCCAAUGGACUUCCGAUUCCAUUUCUUUGGGUACUUGAUUAUUUCACAAUAGAUGGAGAAGAGUUUAGGUUUACACACUUCUAUCAACAGGCUUCAUGGUAUUGUCACACUUUCUUAUGGUUUUCUCUUGGCUGUUGGUUAUUAUCAAGUUGCCUUUUCUGUAUCGUUAUUGAAUAUGGUUCCUUAAUGAUGAUGCUUACUGGAUUAUCUCUAAUUACAACCAAUAUGAUUUGGGCUUUACAUAAUAAUCCAGUUCCAUUGGAGAUUCCAUUUCAAUCACCAAGUGGUGGUAGAGUGCAGUUCUUACACCCUGACUAUUCAUGGGCUUAUUGGAUAAAUCUAACCAACGGAUUAUUUUGCUUGCUAUUGGGGAGUUUUGUUUACAUUAUUGACAUUAAAUAUCCUGAUCUAACGGCUCAAUUUUUCGGCAUCGAUAUAAUUCAAAACUAUCAAGAUUACUUUCGAGAAAUAGAUGAAGAUAAAAAAAGACUACAAAGUGAUGGGUCAAGCGUAUCGACGGACAGCACAUUGAAAAUGAAGAAUGGUGAUUCGAAUUAUGUUGCCUUACGGAAAAAGGUCACCUCUGAUAGACUUUCUCGGCUAAAUCGAUUGACUCUUCGUGAUGGAGGAAAUAAGAGUAUCGAUCGACCCGUUGCAGUUGGUAAUCAAUCGAAAAGUAUCCAAGAGAUCACCGAGCCUCAUUAUGUUGUACCCAAAACGAUUACUGUACCUAUUCAACCUCGAGUAGUCGGUGUGAUACCUGGUGGAUCUCGAGGGGUAGAAAAAUUUUCAUUAUCAACUCAAUAGUUGAUAUCAAUACUGUUUCAAGUCUAAAUAAAUUUUAUUUGGAGAGUUAUUAUCGGCAAGAAUAUUUAAUUUGGGAAAACACCGAAAUCCUUUAUACAAAAAUCUCAAAUCAAUUCUAUGUCGCCAAUGUUCAAAUGAGGUUUUAGUCUAUCGUAUGUACUGAAUUAGAUGGAAAAGAGAUAACAGUUUUGAGAUAACAGCCAACAUGCGAUAAAAUUGAAAAUCUAAUUACCAGAAAUUCCACCUGAACAAAUAAUGUGUUGGUGAGAAAGAUAUAUUUAAAAUACAAUAUAAAUAAAACUUUCAACUUACCCACAAAUUUUUCCACAUUUUCUGAAAAAAUUAUCGUAUUAUUUUGCUAAAUGGGUGUACAGGGUUUUCGAGAGUAUUUUCUAAUGAAAAAGGUUGGCUUAGGACCUUUGAUGUUAACGGCAUUGUUCCGAUCAUUAUUGGAGAAUUACAAAUAAAUUUUAUAAACGAGAAACUUAAACAUUUAAUUAUCGUAAUUAUUUACAUAAUAUCUCAGAAUGUUGCAGGUAAAAAUGAAAAACUAUCUCACCUUGGAUUAUGAUAAGAUGCAAGAACUGAAUUAUGAUUCAGUUCUCCUCACAACUUAAUUGUAUCCUAGAAAUGUCGGCUUUAAUUGGCAUUACUUUAUUAGUUGACUAUGGAAAAUUGUAAUUAAAUUUUUUGGUUAUUCAGCUGAAAUUUGAUAUAAAUUAAAUUUAACUCUAACUAGUUUAUACUUUAACUGUAGAAAGAAAGGUUAAACUUAAUUCAAUCACGUAAAAGUAGGUAAAUUUCCCCUUAAACUUUAGAGUACUGGUGUACUGAAACAACAUUUAUCCGUCAGAAAACUCGCGACA